CAACGGUUUACGUGCAUAUAUGUGUAUGUGAGAAUGUCAGCACAUGACGGGUGAGAGAGUGCGUGUACUUGCUUCUGAAUGUUUCAUUUACCGGUCUGAAGAACCUCACAGAGCCUCUUACGCAGGCUCUGCUCCUAAUGAAGCCUCCUCUGGUCAGUGUUGAGUUUUCUGGAUUGGCAUCGGCGUUGCCAUGGAGAUUGCUAUCUGUGUUGCUAGGGCGAUAGUCUUUGAACAUUGAAGUUCUGUUCUCCAGGAGCCACAAGCAGAUGUCGACUUGUUAAAUGUGCAACAAAACCCUCUCCAACUUCCACUUUCUUUUUCAUUCUUCCUUCUCUGAAAUUUCAUCCUCAGGACAACUGUAUAUAAGUCUUUCAGAGCCUGGAAGAUGUUUUUAAACGCUCAUCCUCUUCUCCCGGUAGAUCCAUUCACUCCAGCGGCUGGUACUGCUGAUAACUCCCAUCAGUUGGACCUGUUCUCUAUGCAGCCAGUAGAUGACAGUAACUCUCUCUUUAGCUCAGUGGCACCCAACACUGUCCAGGCGUCUGUCUCCACAACCACCAGCACUGUAGCCCCCGCUGCUUCCCCAGCCCCAACGAUAGACCUGUUUGCUGGUUUUUUUGAUCCCAUGCCAGACUCAUCUGUUCCCAAAACAGACCCAAACCCCAGUCUAGACCUGUUUUCAGCAGAUGUGUUUCGUCCUCCUGCCGCUGCUCUAUCGGCCCCCAUGAGCUGGCCAGACAGCGGAGCAAAUCUGGACCUGUUUGGGGGUUGGUAACUACCCAGUGUGCAUGUUGGGGGUUUGAUUUGCAUGUCUUGACCAGAUGGUUGCUGUGGAUUCUGUUAAAAGCUGAUGGUUGAUGGACCAGGAGAUUUCCUUUGCUGACCAGUCAAAAGGCUUUAAUGAGGUGUAUGUGUGUGCUC